GGUGAACAUGUAAAUAGUGAGACAAUAAUUCAGAAUGACAAAGAUACAGGUGUAACCAGAACCAAUACCUGUGAAAACGAUAGAAAGCCUCCAUUCUCCGAAGCUCAGAAACUCAAAAAAGUUCAAAUCGUUUCGCCAAAACUAAAUCCCAAAAAGACCACGAGGAACUUAGAAACAAAAAUAUCUGUUAAGGCUGAAACGUCGAAUGCUAUACAAACAUCUAGAUCUCUCGAGAGUCUUACAGUAAUCAAGUCACCCCUGGAAGGAUCUAAGCAUUUCUCAAUCUCAAAAACAUUUAGUUUUUCGAAUCUUUCUGCUAAUAUACACAGAGAGUUUAACUUUGAUGUAAAAAUGGGUGAUAGAAGCCAAAACGCACAACCACAAGAAAACGCCAUAGAAACGUCUAUUGAUGAGGAACCAGAGGAAAUAUCGAGUCCGCAAAACGACUUUGACCAAACAGAAGAAGUAGACGACAUAGAACUGAUAUUCACUACCGAUGACACCAAAGAUUCUGAUUUCAAAGAGCAACUAGUAUCUAUAGAUGCCGGCGAAAGCCUCCAAGAAGCGUUGAACCUUCUGCAACUGCCGUUGAGCGAAAUCGAUCAAAAUAUUGACGUAUCGGAUCGUGAAUUGGAAGAUGAUGUUUUCAACGACGAAAACGUCGAUAAUACGAGUUUGCAUCCUAACGAUCUCAAAAGGGAAAACUCGCAUUUGUGUGAUUCAAAGUCUGAUGUGUCUAUUAACCAGGAUAAAAGUAUGAAAAGCUAUUAUUCUUUACAAGAUUCCAGUUUCGAGAACAAGUCUUUGGAGAAAGACGAAAGUUUUGAUAGGUUUGACGAAAAAGUUCGAAUAGUUGAGACUGAUAUUUCUAAAUGUGGGAUUCACGAUAUAGAAUACGUUACUGGUAGGAGAAAUACCUGUCCAAACCCUAUACAGUAUAGACCUCUGUUGCACAGGGAAGCUUUAUCCAAAGGACUCACCGUAGGGAGAAAAACUAGACCAAUUUUGACUCACUCGAAUGCAAUAAGGAAAGAAUCUGAGGCACAAACUGAUAUUUCUGCUCUACCUGGCUCUUCUUGGAGAUCUGAAAGCAGUUUGGCUAGCAAAGGGCGCUUAGGUGAGAACUUCCCGACUCUCCCGUCAAAAUUUCCACUGCCCGGUUCUCGACUGAGACUGUCAGAAAAAACGGUGGAAGCGCGCAGAGUUCUACUCUCAGACAUCGGCUUCACCAGCAUGGUACCGGAGCUGUCUCGAUCUGCUGACCACCUGUUCCCGCCUGCCUUGAGGCCCCCUGGGCCUGCACCUGCUUACGGACAAUACCUCAGGACUACGGAUCUGUAUUCGCCCGGAUAUGCUCCGGUCACUUCCCCAGGCAAACAGAGCUGUUGGACGGCUUCCGUGUCAGCGAAUACCAGCGGCGACCACUCGCACUACGGCAGCACCACCUACCCUCUCAACUCCCCGCCAGUGCCAUCAUCGCGCCGUUGCUCCGCCCCUGUGUCGCCUUCGCGCCGCCCACAUCUCAGGCCACGCCCCUCAUCGUCAGUGGGCGGAUCCAGAGUGAGAUUCGCUAACGGGUCACUGCCGGAGUUGCGCGCGCAUCACGGCGGCGCAUCUGGCGAAUGGGACAGCGGAGAUUCUACGGAUAGUUUAGUCGAGGAGGCGGAGACUUUCUUGAGGCGGUCCAUAGAUUGUAUCGUUACCGGGAGAAGCAUGACGGGGCAUGCCAGCCACUCAUCUGACCACCGCACAGGCUCCGGCCCAGUACCCCGACGUCUCUCCGCCCCCGAGCCUCAACCGGAUACGGCGCCGCCGCCAGGUUGGCGGCCCUUCCUACCUAGAACCGCCACCGAUUUGCGACCCGAACAUUGGGUGAAGGUGAUUGGCACAGGAGGUGGGAUCAGAGGUGGGCGUGUCAGGUACGUCGGGCCUGUGAUUGGCCAAGAGGCAGACCACGUGGGUGUGCAGCUGGCCGGACCGGAUGGGAUGAACGAUGGGACUUUAUCAGGAAGGCGGUAUUUUCAGUGUGAGCCCUACCAUGGUAUAUUUGUGCCAUUUAAGAAAGUAAUCAUGGGAUGGAGACCAUGAAAGCUGCGAUAAGAUUUUGGGAAGUACUACUAAAAAUAACACAAAAAUGUGCCAUAAUAUAAUAAUUGACGUGAGAGUAUUUAUAACUUAUAACGUUUUUCGGGCCUAUUUCUGCCAGUUAAGCCCAAAUUCUCAUUCGAGAAUAUAAUAUAUAAUAUAUGUUAAUCUAUCUCACUUCACGUUUCGUAAGUUUUAUAUGAGAUUAUAGCCAAAAUACUCUUUGUAACAAAUUAAUAUAAUGGAAAUUUUUGACCAACCUGAAGAACAUUAGUUUGAAGAUCUCAGCCAUUAAUCCAGUUGUUGAAACAAAUGUGUUUUACAUAAAAUAUACCUGUUUUUUUACACUAGGAUUACCAUUUGUCGUCUCGGCACAUCAAAGAAUGUGUUGAAGAUUGAGUGCUCUUUGAGAAAUAAUCUCUCCUUGUUGAAUUUUAAACAAACAAUACCGCUUCCUUGAGGAACGUUCAAACGUGGAUUUAUCGUCAGUUUCAUUUUCAAAGUUUGGAAAAUUUUCAAGAUUUUUGAAAUGAGCAUGAUUUUCUACAUUUUCGUGAGCUACCAAAAUUUUUGAAUUUCACAAUUUUUAAAAUUAUCACAACCUUCGAAAUUUUCAAAUAUUAAUAAAACAUCGAAAUGUUUAACACUUUCAAAAUUUUCGGAAUCUCCAAAACUAAAAAUUUCUAAAUAUUUUGAAAAUUCCUAAAAUUUUGUAAAUCUUGAAAGGUUGGAACUUGAAAAUUUUAACACUUUUGAAAGUCUUGAGAAUUUUAAAAAUCCACAAAAUCAUAAAAAUUUUGGAAACUUUGGACAUUCUAAAAAUUUAGAAUUGUCACGAAUCGAAAAUUCUCCAACAUUUCAAAACCUGUGAUGACAACUGAACUGCUACGGUUUAAAAAACGAGACGCAUUCGUUGCUCUGUAUCAUCUGUACAGUGAAAAAGAUAGAUUGUAUUUUUCAUGUUCAAAUUUUUACAUAAUCAUUGCUUAGCGCAAACUCAUCAACCAUUGUGAAUCUAAUCAUUAUAACCAUCAUACGUUUCUGUGAUCCUUAUUUGUUGUGUGAUGAAUGCCUAAAAAAUUUCUAUUUUAUAGAAAAAGUAAUUUUGUUGUUCAUUGUAGCGUAUAAUCAAAAAAGUUAGUAAGAGUUUAUAAAUGUGUAGAUCUAUUCCUAUAAUAUUUUUCCAUUUUGUGUCAAUUGUAUAAACUGGAGUAUUUGUUAAGUAGAUAUAAAUAUCCUGUGUGGAAUUUGUAACAAUUGAAUACCUAUGUGUUGACUGUUAAGUUUUGGAUCAUUUUAUUUUAGUCAUAAUGCUUAGGAUACGAGUUGAAACUUCCUUAAUAAAAGAUUUUCAUGGAAUGCGCGUUCUUUAUUCUAGAAGUAUAACUUUUAAAGAUUGUAAUUACACAUUCUUUCAUAAUUAAUUUAAAUAACUGAUCUUCCUAAUAAAUUUAGAAGAAUUAAUGAAAGAUACAGGUGUGGUACCUACCUAAGGUCGACUUGAAAAAUUCUAAUCUCAAUACUCAGCUUCAUUUUAUGCUCUCAAAAUUCUAAAUACAGCAUGUCUAUCUUUUUUAAGGCCUAAGGAAUCUAUUCAUGGAAUUAUAUACCUAGAGCUUAAAAUUAACAUUAAAAUUGAGGGUGCAUGUGCUCUCAAUUUUUAGCAUUUAUUAUAAUAUAAGAGUCUAAAUAUGCAGGCAACUACUGGAAUUGUAUAUUUUGAUAACUUGAAUGCAGUAUCUAGAAUUAUCUUGAUUAAACCCAUCAUUUCAAUUGUAAUUAUGUUUGGACAUAAUGUGUUUUUUUUAUUCCUCCAUUACUAUUUGUUGAAGUUUAACCAAGGUGAUUCUACAUUAUCAUCCUCAGUAUUAAGAGCCAAAGACUUCAAAAUUCUAUUUACUAAUAGAAGAUUACAGGGCAUGUUUUAACAAUAAAUAUCAC